CAAACUCACACUUCCCCUCUCUCCCUCUCUCUCUAUCUAAACGAUCAGAUUCUUAAAAACAGUUGCGUGAAGCUGAAGUUUGGUAUAUUUAUCAUCAGAAGAAGAUACAAGCAAAGAAGGAUUGUUUUUUCUCGGAGAUUAAAAUGGGGAAGAAUCAUCACAGAGUUGAAUCUGUUCUUCACCUUCUUCGUAAACAAUCCCCACUUUCCCUCAAACAGGAGAAAUUUUGUAAUACAGCUUGUGUUGAGCGGUUUCUCAAGGCUAAAGGAGAUAAUGUGAAGAAGGCUGUUAAGAGCUUGAGAGCUUGCCUUUCUUGGAGAGAUACCAUUGGCAUUGACCAUCUGAUCGCCGAUGAGUUCUCCGCUGAGCUGGCCGACGGCGUCGCUUAUGUUGCCGGCCACGACGAAGAAUCUCGCCCCAUCGUGAUUUUCCGGAUUAAGCAGGAUUAUCAGAAGUUCCAUUCCCAGAAACUGUUUACUCGAUUGGUGGUGUUCACAGUAGAAGUAGCCAUUGGGACGAUGCCAAAAAACGUGAACCAAAUGAUAAUCCUUUUGGACGCAAGCUUUUUCAGGUCGGGAUCGGCUUUUAUGAAUUUAUUAGUGGGAAUGCUGAAGAUGGUGGCUGAUUAUUAUCCUGGACAACUUCAUUCUGCUUUUGUUAUCGAUCCUCCUUCUCUUUUCUCAUAUCUUUGGAAGGGCGUUCGACCGUUCGUUGAGUUAUCAACGGUGACGAUGGUGAUAUCAUCUCUAGACUUUGAAAAUUCGUUAGAGUUCAACGACUUCGCUGCGUAUCCGCGAGCCUCCUCUCUCCGAUUCGAUCAAGCGUCAAUACAAUCAACGGGAAAGAUCGGCUCAUCCGCAUCCUCACGCUUCUCCUUCACCGUAUCCCAUCAUUUCGACUCACUCAAGCCUUGGUACCUCAGCCUAACCGACACGUCAGCUUCCAAAGUAGGACCCACCAGUCCUUCUCCACUGGGCCCCGCAUUAAUCUCCCCACUCAACGCCCGUUCCCUGUCGUUCGCAUCUCCGGCUGCCAGAAUGCCACGUGGCGUAAUCAACGACGGAAGUAGUUUCAGCUCGAGACUGACUAGGAAAAGCCUGUUCCCGUCGACGCCGCUGCCGCCGAAAAGCGCUGCCAUGGACGGUAGUGGUAAUAAGGGUAAAAAUGCCCCAAGGACCCCACGGCCGUCGUUCCUCCAAUCGCCGGCGGUAUUCUUCCGAAGAGAGUGCCACGUCAGUAGAACGGAGAGAAACCGUGAAGCUUUCCGGCCGAUUUUGAAAUUUUACAGAAGACCGUACGAUGAAAUGGUUUAUAGGUCAAAGAUGAGGCCCCCACUUGGUGGAUUGAUCUCCAUCGUCACUCCAAAUCUUAGACGUCGACACGUAUCAAUGUCUCAACGGUUCUGAUCCAUUACAAAAAAAAAGAAAGGAAAAUCACUUUUUUUCUACUACUACAUAGACAAACAACAUACGAAAAUAUUUUAACAUGAAUCAAGGAAAAACUAAAAGAGUGGAAAAUGGUCAUGAGUAGUAUAAAUAAUUGACCGAGUUGGUGGGUGAAUGUGUUGACUAAUUGAAAUGAUAACUCAGUCCGAGUCAUUGGCCGAGUUGAGGUUGAGUUUGGGAGGACCAAAAAGAGCUUCGAGUUUGAGGACAAGAAGACAACGUGCUACGCGGGGUGUGAAAUGGUGUGCAAAUUGUCCUUUUUUUUUUCUUUUUUUGUUUUGUUUUGAACUUUGUGGUUCUUUAAUUUUACAAAGUCUACGUUUUUGGGGUUUGGAACAUUAUUAAAAAAAAAAAAAAAAACCAUGCAUGGGAAUUGGGUAGCGUGGUCGAACCGGUGAAAUCGAAUGUCAAGAUCGUUGAAACCUCAAAAAAGGUAAAAAAAAGAAAAAAAAAAAAAAAGGAAAAAGAAAAGAACACACAAAGUCUAACUAUUUGUUGUUAAUUAUCAUCAUUAUUAUAUAUACAUAUAUAUUUUGUGUAUUUGUUAA